AUGGGCCAGAGACACAACAGACGCCGAACUCGCCCACGCUCAACUCACCGCAAUAUCACACCGACUCCAGACACACCUAAGACACCUCAGAACGGCCAUUGCCAGCUUGUGUCAACCCAUUCUCCAUGCACUGCGCCUCCCCCAAUCACCCUCGCCCCAUCAUGGCACAAUGGGUAUACGGCUUGGCAGACCCGUGAACGCUCCUCGCGGCUGGAUUUUGGUCUGGAAGAAGAGCAAUAUCGUCUCUUCGGAGGCGAGCCUGGUGACGAUGUGAAUCUCUGUUACCGGAUGCUUGAAUAUUUCGGCGGACUGGACUAUAUCAACUCCACAAGUGGCCAUGCCCUUGGAGAUUGA